UAUCGCCUGUUCAGAGAGACUCGUUCGAAAUGUUCUGGGGAUUAAGCCCGGCUUUAGAUUUGCAGCGAGAGUACCUCAGGUUCGGAGAUGAGAACGCGUUCGAGCUCAACUUUCUGGUGAUAGGGGGAAGCGACGCACGCCACCUCAUCACAACGUUAGCUCAAGCGUAUCGCCACAAGCGAAGGUAUAUGAACCUGUUCGUGGUGGACGGAUGUCCCGAGCUUAUAGCCCGCCAGCUUCUACUAUUAUCUCUGGCUCUAGAGAGGACGACGCGCUGUGGUUUACUGGAAAAGACCAGGCGCUUCCUAGAGAUAUACGGUAACAUGCUUCUGCGUCCAGCGACGUCUCGAUACCUGAUUGCGAAAGCGACACAGCUUGUGAGAAUGAUCACCAAUCCAGAUUACAUGAGCUGCCUUCUUCCGUGCGUCUCCAUAGAUCAAACUAAGUAUCGCGAAAGAGAUUACCUGGAAAAUCUUUUAGGAUUCUGGACAACAGGAAAUACAAAUCAGUUCAAUGCAUGUGAAUUGUGGGAGCAUCGGACCAGGCACUCGCUGGGUGUGAGGUAUGACAACCGCUCUGGAGUAUUUGAUUGGGAUUAUCAUAUGCGUAUGAAGGAAGUGGCCAGUCAGAUUUGCUUCCAAGAGUAUAAGCACUUCAGAGAGCACGGUAUUUCGUUUACGUGGCUUGAGACAGAGGUGUGUCGCCCCAACGUUAGCUUAUCUGCUGGUGUAUAUAAAUGUGGAGACAGAUACCUCCAUAGAGGUUAUCUUGGAGACAUCGUGACAUCACCCUAUAUAGCGUACGGCUUAGAUUGCGAGGACAGUGACAUGUUAAAAUCUUCGCAUGGAGUAAACUACAAGCGAGCUACAGAUAUUUCAGAGCGAAACGUAAUGAGAUUGCUCUAUGAGCUGGAAAAUCAUAUGCCUUUCGAUGUCAACAAAUUCAAUUUAGACAAUCAGCAUAAUUUGGGUAUGGCGACCUUGAAUCAAUUUGAUGCUAAGAUUUCAGAGAGUGGCUUAGAAGCGCCCUUGGUGUUGAGAGAGGAUAAAGACACUUACAUCGAAAUUGAUUAUGGCAAAGUUCAUUUCCUGUCCCUUUCAGCACUGGAGCAUUACCCUCAUAAGCCGCAGUUCCAAGGUCUGUUCCACGGAGUGUUCGUCGGAAACAAUAUGUUGUCACGACUCAGGCCGAGCGUGUGGUCCAUGUUGCGGGACGACGCCGCAGUUGUGAUGGAGUCUCGCAAGUAUAUGGUGGAGCUCAGGAGAGACGAUGUGAAGUCAUUCGGGGAACUGGUUCAGCAAGCGGCGUCGACAGCGCAGUGUGACAAGCUGUCUGCAUUUAAUCCGGAAAAAGACGACUUUGCAAAGUUUUUAAUCAGAAGAAAAAGUGAGAGUAGUGAAGUAUAAGUUCGUACAUUUAUUUGUUAUUGUUUACUUAUUUUUAAUUUAAUAAAACAUUUCA